GGCAGCAGCAUGGAGGAGGAGAGAGCCGUAGAGGAAGACGUCGCCUCCCUUGAGUGGGAGCAAGAGUUUGCUGGUGGAGAGGCUGGAGUUGAGAGGACAGCUUGGGGCCCCUUAUCACCAGCUGUGGCCACAGAGGCCCUCAGCCCGGGGGAAUCUCAGGAGUCCCUCGCCCCAUGCAAGACUAGGUCCAGCCUGGACGUGCGCCUGGCUGGUGAAGAGGCUGUUCUGCAAGGAGCAGGGGCGGGCGUCAGCCAUCAGGUGGAGGGGGGCUAUGCCCACCCCCCUCAAGAGGAAGUCACUGUUCCCUUGGUUGCGGAGCUGGAGCUAGGCGCUUCUGGAGGGGUGGAUUUGGAGGAGGACAUAGACAUGGAUUUUGUGACAUCGGGGGUGGCGAGGAAGCAGGCUUCUUCCAAACUUGGUCUCAAAAAGAACAGAGCGGCUAGGCUGGGAAAGACCCCCUAUGGGUCCCAAGCUGGGGAGACGUGGUGGGACGCUGGGGUGGUCCAGAGUGUGGAGGCCCUGUGGCCGGGGCUGGUUUUCCAUUCAUCUGGCUUGGACCGGUCACGGGGUGUCGCUGUGCUGUUCCGCCCCGGUGUCGUCUCUGAUGUCGUAUGUGUGUGGAGGGAUGAGGCCGGCAGAGUGUUGAUCCUGGACUUUCAGUUGGAGGGCCGGCAGUACAGGCUGGGAUGCGUGUAUGCCCCUACUGACAUCGCUGAGCGGGUGGUCUUUUUUGAAGGCCUAUCUCAGUGGUGCAACGCUGACUGCCUGUGGGUUGGGGACUUCAACACUAAGUUGUCUGCCCUGGAUUAG